CUCCCCAUGUUUCCUGUCUCUCUUCAGCUGUCCUAUCAUCAAAAAACAUUUAAAAAAAGAGAGAACUCACCUCAGCUGUUCAGUCUCACUAACAAAAAACUGAACGUAACUGUUAGGCAUGCACUUUGAAUGUGAGUUGAGUCAUAUUUUAACGACUAUCAACACUCUAAAUCAUAAAAAGAGUCCUUCAGACCUCAUGUGUUCAUAAACUUUGGGUGGAUAUGAUCUUGUUCCUGGCUGUGCAUCAAUCAAACUUAAGUGUCCGGUAACUUAUUAAGAGAGAGUCUCAUCUCACCUCAGUUUGUGAUCUGUCUCUGACGACUGCAUCGGCCAUCCAUACUUACUUUUAUUCCUUUAUGAUCACACUUUUGUGUUGACUUCACAGCUGUGCAAACAUUAACUUAUAUUGCAUUUCUGUCUUUACUGCAUUUAAGUGUUGUCCUGAGAAUGAGACACAUGGUGCUGUUCGAAGCGAUUUUUAAAUUUCUGUUUGAGUAAAGCAAUAUCAUAAAGGAGAUGUGUAUUCAAAAUGUUACUACAGUGUGGAGGUGUCAGCAAAAAAGAGCUGUGUAAGUAGAAGUAUAAUCAUUUAACUUUGUGAGAGUGCUGUUUCUUCAUGUGAGGUGUUAACAUGUAAGCAGUAUUUAGAUGCUGUGGUCUGACAGUGCUGAGUCUUAGUCCAACAUGUCGUGGGAAUUUAUUUCACAGUUGCGUGUACAUUAAAAUUGUGACUUAUAAUACAACAUUUGAUAACAUGAAAUGUGUAGUAAUAGAGUUUAAUUACAGGAAAGUGGGAUCUUUGACCUGCUGCAAUUCUUUAUUUCCAGAAUUCGACCUGGAAAAUACAAAAAAAAUGGUUUGCUACCUAGGUUUUAAUCAGAUCUAUGAAAGUAUUUGAUUCUAUGAAAGAGGAAGUUAAUUCAGUGUAAAUAAGUAGAGGAAGGGAUUUCAACCGAGGACUUGUAGGGCGGCAGUUCUGUCCACUCAGCACCCUGACUUCUCAUUUCAGCUCUAUAGAGUAGUAGUAGUUUACAGCGUGCUCUCCAUUCACCCUGCAGCGUUCAGUGUUGUUGACGCUCUUGCCAGUCGUGGUGCAGCUAUGCACUCCUACUCCACCUUCGUCGAACAAAAACUUUUCCUGCGUGUCUAAUGUGCGGCUCGGGGAGAGUGAAGAAGAAGUUAACAAGUGUGAGAGAAUCGGCGACUCGACUUUGUCUUGAAAACUGAGCAAACACUUUCCUCAGUCACUGGAGAAGAAAGCAGCGCGAGACCAGCACGUCUUGAGGAUCCCCGUGUGGGUUUUAUAAUUUCCCUGGCUUGAGAGUGCUGCACUGAGAAGUAGUAUCACAAUGGAAACCCUCCUCAGCAGCCCUGGAGCACCCAACCAAUCCAUGUUUUCCCCCUCCAUCUUCAACUCCAGCUGCCGCUUUGACGAGGAGUUCAAAUACAUCCUGCUGCCUGUGUCCUACAGCCUGGUGUUUGUAGUUGGCUUCGUGCUCAACGCAGCAGCUCUGUGGCUCUUCCUGAAAAUGCGUCCGUGGAACCCGAGCACAGUGUUCAUGUUUCACCUCGCUCUGUCCGACUUCCUUUACGUCCUCUCCCUUCCCACCCUCAUCUACUACUACGCCAACCGCAGCCACUGGCCAUUCGGAGUUGUGGCCUGCAAAUCAGUACGUUUCCUCUUCUAUGCAAACCUUUACUGCAGCAUCCUCUUACUCACCUGCAUCAGCGUGCACCGUUACCUUGGCAUCUGCCACCCCAUCAAGGCGCUGACCCUGGUCAAGUCGCGGCACGCCCACCUGGUGUGUGGCAUGGUGUGGACAGUCGUGACAAUCUGCCUGAUCCCCAACAUCAUCUUUGUCACCACCUCCAGGAGGGACAACGACACUCUCUGCCAUGACACCACCAGUCAGGAAGCAUUUGAGGAGUAUGUGGACUAUAGCUCUGUCGUCAUGGUGCUUCUGUUUGGCGUCCCUUUCCUGGUCAUUGUGGUGUGUUACUGUUUAAUGGCACGGGCUCUGUGCCGGCCCAGACAAGGAUUAUCUGCCAGCAAGCAUGGCAACGCCUCCCGUAAGAAAUCGAUCAAGCUCAUUAUCGUCGUUCUGGUGGUGUUUGCGGUGAGCUUCGUCCCGUUUCACAUCACACGAACCCUCUACUACACCUCGCGUGUCUUAGAUAUGAACUGUAAGUUCCUUAACAUUGUCAACUUUACGUACAAGAUCACCAGGCCGCUGGCAAGCAUCAACAGCUGCAUCGAUCCAAUUCUGUAUUUCCUGGCUGGGGAUCAUUACAGGUCCAAAAUGAUGUCUGUGCUGACUGGAAGAAGACAGAAUACAAGCAGCCAGACACCUGAACAGCCGAACAAUAACCAAAACAUCGCUCUGGUCUAUAAAAACGCAGCCAUUCAAGACAGUGGAGAGAUCAAGAGAUAGCAGGAAAAUGUAAUUAUUAAACAUUGACAAUUGUUGCUCCAGGCUUAGCUAACAUUUUCCAUGCAGGAUGAAAAACCAUCUUUGAAACGACUCCAUGUUGCAGUGAGAGAUUUGUGGGAGCAUCAGUGAACUUUAAUAUUUACUCACAGCAUAUGAUUGUACUACAUUAACACAUCUCUGUUAUGUCUCUGUAUGAUAGGCCCAUGUUGGAUCCCUCUCAUGUCACUGUUUGAAAGAUUAAAUUCAUGUGGGUUUGUAAAUAAUGUUCCUCUUCGCGGAGAUGAUGAUGAUGAUACCUUUACUGUAGAAGUUAGCCGCUUCAUUUGGACAUUACGAGAGCAGCUGCUGGGACACAGGUGUUCCCAGCUGCUCUGAAGUCAAUCUGGAAAGAAUCAGUGUGAGAAUUAUUGUCACCCUGGGUAAGUGGAUGGAAACAGGACUGAUAUUAACUUCAUACGAUCAAAGACGGCUGACUGUCUGAAUGUUGCCUGACAUUAGGCAAUUCUUCCUGUUUUAUCAACAGUGUGUGUGUGUGUGUGUGUUACCCAGAGACUCUGGCUCCUGACUCCAGCUGUUUUUGUCCUUCAGUUCCACAGCUGUCUCUUGCUCAACUAUGAAGCAAAACAGAGACUAUGAUCCCAACUAGAGAUAUAAUUUCAAACCACCCACGCUUCAUUAGAAGGAGGGGGGAUUUUCCUUUUCACUUAUACCUUUGGGAUUGAUACAUGGAAAGUGAAGGUCUAAUUUUCUUUCUUUUUAAUCUGUAAUUUAAGCAGAACUCUGAUAGUUUUGCAGGAUGUGAAAACAGUGUUGGAAAGUUUUACUUCAUGCUGCAGAGCAUUUGUUGCUCCACUUUUGUUUAUAAUGUUUAUGUACGAGCCUUUGAUGGCGCAGAUGUUUUCUAUAGCUCUGUGUCAUUUUUCUCAUGAUACUGAGUAAGGGCAUUAUCUAUAAAGGUGUUUUUGUAAAAACAGUUUGAAAUGUAUCAUACAGUUUGAUAUGUAUCAUACAGUUUGAUAUGUAUCAUACAGUUUGACUGAGAAUCUCUACUGCUCUCUGUGUCAGGUACCAUGAAUUACUAAUGCAACAAACAAAUUUGAAGUGUGAGGUGAAACUGAAACAAACUCAACUUGGUGUGACCUGAUUUCAUAAGAUACCGCUCAGCUGAUGUUUGGGAAGUGAAAGCAGAAGGAGUCAGGUUGCAGGACAUGAUGGACAGACCUAAAAGAACUUACAAUUAAGAGAGCUCUUCUGCAGAAGGACGCCACUCAGUUUACAACAUUUUAUGUGACGCAUUUAGAAAGAUAUAUUCACUCCAGCGUACAAGAUACAACCGUCAAUUUUAAUGUUUCCAAAGAUGAUUGGAAGUUAUAAAAAAUGCAUAUUUUUCACACUG